CGUGUGCACUUCACAGAUAACGAAUGAGCUUGGCAACGAUGUUUACUACAGCGUUCAGGACUGCAUUACCCACAAUGCAUCGCUCACCGUUGUCAAAAGUAUUGCUUUCUUGGGUCACUUAUCGAACUCUGGCCGUGUCAGCCAGUUUACUUUCUCUUAUUUGACGAUAUAAUGCAUCUAUCAGGCGCUGGGCUUGGGGAAAUAGGACACGGACAGGGGCCCGGAGUCGGACCAGCGCCUGGAAACUGCAAUCCGCGGAAAUUCAGCGAGAAAAUCGCUUUACACAAUCAGCGACAGGCUGAAGACACAGCCGCUUUCCGAGAGGUUAUGAUGGACAUUACUUCCAUCAGGGUUCAGGCUGAGAGAGUUCGGCAAACCAGAGACGUGGUCCCGUACUAUGGAGGAUCACUGCCAAAUGUCAAUCAGAUCUCAAGAUGCUCCACAGAGAGCCAGUACCCGAGUUAUCUCACACAGCAGCUCCUAGAGGCAGAUGAAGAGUACAGAGAAGUCCAGCCUAGUCCUCUUGGCAGGCCGCACAGGAGACAUUUUGAAAGCGCUCCCUACCUCUCUACCCACCUCUCUCCUCCUCGAGGUCCUAACUGGAGAAGAAACUGGUCCAGUUGUUCUGCCACUGAGAAGAGCCAGAUGGUCCGUCUUCCUCUGACAGCUCUAAAUAGAACCAACUCUGACUCUGCCCUCCACACCAGUGUGAGAAACACACAAUUACAUGGCCAUCCGAAAUCUGGCCAAACCCCGAACCCUCAAACCAGACACCAUGGAUUUGCGCAUCCUGCACCACUAAUUGAAGAAAAUAUUCAAGAGGAGACACAAUCUCCCAAACUAAAGAAGUUUCCCUCAAUGUCAUCAUCAGAUUGUGAAACACCUGUUAUUCACAACUUCCCAUUGCCUGAUCAGCAGGUAUCUUCCCUCCCUGUCCCAUCGGCCCUCAGUACGUGUGGCUCUCUUCCAGACCUCUCCAGCCUGCACCUGCCUUCUCCUCUUCCCGCAGGCCAGGAUUCUGAGCACCACAGCGGUGCAGAUCACCUGAACAACAAUUCCAUGCACCCUGAUAUUAUGGCUGACUUCAACUUGCCAGGUCUGUCCUCAUCUCUUCAGGCGUCUUUAAGUAAUCCUUUGCUCCAGUCUUCACUCAGCAAUCCCAACAUCCAGACCUGUCUCAGCAGCCACUCCCUGCCCAGCUCUCUGAGCUCCACUUCCUUGCGCCUGUCACUUAGCAACUCUUCCCUGCAUUCGUCACUCAGCAACCAGUCCCUGCAGUCCUCCCUUAGUAGCUCUUCACUGAGUAACCAGUCCAUCCAGUCAUCUGCCAGCCGCUGCAGUCACAGCAGUGGAAUUGGUGGAUCUCCCUCUUGCUCCUCUUCCUCUCUCUCUGGUUCACCACGUGUAACUGGCCUCACCCAUGGCACCACAUCACGGAAGAGAGCCCAGCUCAGCCCACUCAUUGUGCCCAGUGGUGGAGAGUCCCGCUGGCAGCAUCCAAAGCAGUUUUCACCAACAGUGUCUCCAACCAUGUCUUCUAUAUCACAGGGUGCUCCUCUUCUCAACCCCAACAAAGUUCUGAAGGAGACAAAGCCGCCAGCAUAUCCCUCCACUCAGCAUUUCCGAUCUGCUCCUCCGCUGUCCCAUCAGCCUAUGCGGCAGUAUUUCCAGCCAGAGGCGCAGGAUCAGUCUAUCCCAGAGAUGGAACAGUGGAUCCAAAAUGACCACCAGCCACAACAUCAACAAACACACAGUCACACGCAACAACAUCACGUUCACAAACACAGUCGGCAUCUGCAGAAUCAUUCACAACUGCACGCUAAAUAUCAACAGCAGUUACUGUAUCAUUCCCAGACUCACCAGCCACACAUAUUGCAGCAAGCGAUUACCCAGCAGCAACAACAUCAUCAUCAUCAUCAUCAGCUGUACGCACAAUUGCAGCAUCAUCAGAUGUCUGAGGAGCAGUGGCAGUUGCCUUGCCAGCAGGGCCAAUAUCAAGGUCAACAGCUACAUCAACCUACAUCUUUCCCCUCUUCGGGUCAAGAGAAAAACCAGAAUCAUAUGCCAGGCCCACACGGCUUGCAGGUGAAACGUAGAAACUGUAUGCAGAUGCAGGCAGAAGCAAAACCACAAUCUAAAGUCGCUGUUCACGAGACUCCAGGAGAGGGAAUGAAAGUCACUCAUUGUAAGGAAAGUGAAGUGGAUGGAGCAAAUUCAGGUUUGCCGGAUAAAGGUUUUGAACUGAACAAGGAAUCAUAUGUCGGCUUACAUCUUACCCCUAGCCAAGCAAAAGCCCUUUCCCAGCAGCUUGGAGUACUUCAGAAGGAGCCUCUAGGUGGCGGUAGAGUGUCAGAGCUUAACUGUGAAGCUGCAGAAAGCAGGGAACAGCAGAACCAAAGCUGCAGUGCUGGAGACACACAAAAUGUUUUCAAUAUCAACUUAUCUGACCCUUCAUCCUGGCUGGACCAGGACAUAUCAGGUCUGCCGGACUCCGUUCUGGAAUUUGACCUAGACACUUUUGGCCUGGACAGUAACCUGGGUUGGCCAUGAAUGUGUCAUAAAAGUGCACAAGAACAUCCAUAUUAUGAUACAUUUAUUUGGACGAGUACCUCUUUAAAGGGACGUUUUUUUGCCAAUGAACUCGAAAUAUAGUCUUUAGAGUCAAAUAGAAUGUAAACUAUAAAUUGGCUUAAAGGUCCUUAAAGGGAACAAACAUAAAAAAUUAUGUUUUAAUAAAUAGUUUUUGCACACAGAGGUCUUAGAUAGCAGGUCUAUGUGCCUUAAUAUGAAGUUUUAGUUAUAAAGAGAAUUGAUAUAGAUUGUUUAUGUACAGAUACGUGUGGUGAAGUUGAUUAGGACAUGUAUAUUUUCACAUAUUGCAUAGAAUAGCCAGUAUAAUAUGGAAAUAUAAGAAAAUAUUUUUGGCUAGUUUAGCCAACUUCUUUAAUUAAUCAUAAUAUUGUCAUGAUGGUAAAAUUAAGAUAGUAAACAUUUUUACUCUAAUAAUGUCUAACUCCGACUUGGCUUAUACAUUUGAUCAUAUUCAUUUGUUUGCAUGUUAUAGAUUUUAUGUUACAGUGUUUUUUCUGGGGGGUCAUUUUUGCGACUUCUUGUAAUUCACUGUUGACACCUGCCUUUGAAUUUCCAUAUUAUCAUUUCAUUGCAGUUUUAUCAUUCAUUAUUAUAUUCAUAAUGCAGUUUUAUUAUAUUUUCAUAUUGAUUUUGCUUUUAUCACUCUCUGGUAGAGGUGAUAUUGUUAUUUUUCAGUAUUUGUCUUCAAUAUGAAAUCAAAUAUAUUGAGAUUUUUCUCAGUAUGCAUAUGCAUUUUCAUGACUGACUGAAUUAGGGUUCGUGUACAUGACAACUAUACUAAAAACGGAAACAUUUUCCUUUGCAUUUUUGAAAAGUUUCAGAUGACAACUUACAGUUUAGUUCACAUGGAUCUGUGUAAACGACUGCAUUAUGCUGCCAGGCCAGUAGUUGGCGAUGUCACUUUGUAAAGAAAAAUUAUGUGCCUAUUAGGGGUGAAACGGUUCUCGGUAAAAAAUCGAACCGUACCGUUCUACACACUUGGUUCGGCACGCACUUGCACCACAGUUCAUCUCAUAUCUGACGACGCAUACGUAUCUAUAAUAUGAUUUGUAGAAAAAUAAAUAAAACAGACAGACAGAGUUAUGCUAAUGUAUGUUUCUGUCGAUGGAUAUGCAUUCUGGCUUCCCCUACACUUUGUUCAAUGCGAGUGCCGUAUACUCUAUAUGACCAGUCAUUUACGCCGUCAUCACCCGGGUGUUGAUAGCGCGCGAGUGCAGGUGAGACCUGAACCACACACGUUGCUUUCUGCGUUUAAACUAAACUCAUUUAAGCCUUGCCAAUUUAAACAUUAGAGUGCAAGGCACGAAAGAGAACUUACGCGUGCGCUGUGAGAAGAUUUGUGCACUCAUCCGAAGCGCACAUGCAGAAGCGCGUGUACAGCGUGCGAAUAUUGAGGUCUAUUUCAAGUCUUGUGCUUGAACGGACAAAUUCACACAAAAUUAUGUCAACAUGCCCGUCUUGGCGAGUAUCCUAGCAAGCAUAGUUGGUUGUGUCUUAAAGGGAUAGUUCACCCAAAAAUGAAAAUUCUGUCAUCAUUUACUCACCUUCAAGUUGUUCCAAAUCUGUAUAAAUUUCUUUGUUCUGCUGAACACAAAGAAAGAUAUUUUGAAAAAAUGUUUGUAACCAGGCUGCUUUGGGGCAUAAUUGACUUCCAUAGUAGGAAAAAAAGUCAGUGGUGCCCCAAAACUGUUCACUUUCCCACAUUCUUCAAAAUAUCUUCCUUUGUGUUCAACAGAACAAAGAAAUUUAUACAGGUUUGGAACAACUUGAGGGUGAGUAAAUGAUGACAGAAUUUUCAUUUUUGGGUGAACUAUCCCUUUAAGUGAACUUAAACACUCGAGAAAGAAGGCAUGCGUUCAGUAUCAGUGUACUGAUCCAUCUAUUAUGUCUUAAAGAGACAGCAGCACUUGCAUUCCUGUCUGAAAGUGAUGUUAAUCAAACCAUAAAAGACAAGGAAUCACUCAUCGCUCAUGACUGAAUAGUAACUUAAUAAUAAUGAUUGAUCUUUAUUUAAUUUAUACAGUAAAGAUUACAUGCAAUGUUGUUUUACUUUUUAUUAGCUACUUUAUUCAAUUCUUGUACCUAAAAACUGGAUACAUGAAAAGCUUUAUUUGUAUCUUUGUAUUUAUUUGUGCUGUUUGAUUAUUUGUUCUUAUUUUAUUUUUAUUUGACAGUAGUACUUUUUUCCCUGAACAUAGCACAUACUGAACCGUACCGAAACCGUGAGCCUAAAACCGUAAUACAAACCGAACCGUGAGUAAUCUGAACCGUUGCACCCGUAGUGUCUAUAGAAUGAACACACAAUACGCAUGCAAAUGACGUUACCAUUAUCACAAAUUCGCUUUUUUUAGUUGACACAGAGACAAUAACGGUUUUGGGUUUUUUUUUUUUAUUUUCAGGCCCCCAAAACGGCGUUGUCAUAUAAAUACACAGCCAAAACACAAAAAGUUUUCUGUUUUUAGUUGAAAACUGUCAUGUAAACGGACCCUUAAUCAUAUAGUUUGAACAGAAACACCAUCUGUAAAUUCCACAAGUAUUGCAAUUAAAAAGUGGACUAAUGCA